AUGCCAGGCUCAGGAUCCUGUCUCUGCGGUGCAAUCACCUACGAAUUCACCGGCGCCCCAGCAACAACAGCCAUCUGCCACUGCACCGACUGCCAAAAAUGGGCCGGCAGCGCCCUCUCCACCAACGUCGCCGUCCCACACGACUCAUUCAAGGUCACUAAGGGAGAAGCGAAGAGAUAUGAGAUGAGGGGGGCUUCGGGGUUGGAGUAUCCGCAUUUCUUUUGUGCUGAUUGCGGAUCUUCCAUCUACGCUCAACCGCAAUUGAUGCCGGAACUUACGCUCAUCAGAGCUGGGACGUUGGAUAAUGGGGGUGCGGAGUUUGAUGUUGAGGUGGAGUUUUAUACGAAGGAUCGGAAGGGGUUUGUUAGUGCUGUUGAGGGGGCGAAGCAGUGUGAGACUAUGAGUUAG